AUGCCGGCCAACAAGAGAGGAGCCCCGUCCUCGAGCACGUCGAGCGCGAAGAAGCGCAAGACGGACAAGGACCUGCAAAAGUACUAUGCCGUGCGCACCGGAGCGCGUCCGGGUAUCUACCUGACCUGGGCCGAGUGCCAAAAGCAGACUGCCGGCUUUCGCGGAGCACAAUACAAGUCCUUCCUCUCUCGAGAGGACGCACAGGCAUUUGUGGAUGGUAGGAAAAUACCCAGCGAAGAGGGCGAGGAGAAGCCGCAGCGGUUCUACGCUGUUGCUCGCGGCAUUUUCACGGGUAUUUUCUCGGACUGGGGGACGGCGUCGAUGGCGAUCGCGGGGACCAAGGGGCCCAAAUACAAGAAGUUCGACACGUACGAGGACGCGCUGGAUUUCAUCCGUGAAUGGGGUGACGACCAGGCGAUUGCCGACGCGGAGAAGGCGGCAAAGAGGGACGGGAUCGCUGUGGCGCCGUCUACGAAAACAUUUUCCAAUGAUGAGAAGUCAGACGACGAUUCGGAUGACCUCUCGGUGGAGUCAGAUGACACUUCUACCAAGGACGCUCCCACCAAGGACACUCCCACCGAGGACACUGCCAAAGUUUACACAGAUGGAAGCAGUCUGGGCAACGGCACUCCGGGCUCUGUAGCGGGCGUAGGCGUCUACUUCGGACCCAAUGACCCAAGAAAUGUCUCUGAACGUCUCGAAGGUAAACUGCAAACAAACCAGCGGGCAGAACUCACCGCCAUUCUACGGGCCCUACAGUUGAGCCCACUGACGCAGUCUCUGAUGAUCCUAUCAGACAGCAAGUACUCGAUCAAGUGCGUGAGAGAUUGGUAUAAGGACUGGCAAAGGCUAGGAUGGAAGACGUCGACAAACAGCGAGGUCAAGAACAAAGACUUAAUCCAGGCGGUGCGAGAGGAGAUUGCCAAGCGCGACGCGGCCGGAGCGACGACUGACUUUGACUGGGUCAAGGGACAUAACAACGACCCGGGCAACGUGGCAGCGGACAAGCUCGCCGUUGCUGGGGCGAGAUUGGGGUUGCCAGCCAAGGGGCGCAAGAAGCUGAAGUGA